CAUUAUUGGUCGCUGAUGACAAGACGGAGGCAUGCAGGAGUCGAUUGUCAUUUAGGUACUCCCUUCCCGAGCGUGGCCGGAUAGCAUCCGCGCACUCUCGACGUUGGCGGACCUGGUUGUAACUUGGUCUUUCAUGGUCAUAGCUUUUGUCUGCGACCGCCGACCGGCAACGUGCGAUUUUCGAGUCUCGUCGACCGCCGAAGACGAAAAGAAAGCUGCACUCUGAGGCGAGAGAGUGCAUGCCCCAACCCCCCAGUUGGCCCGCAAAACGAAAUGGCGGUGAUCCCUCCCCGGCUAAUCACAAUCAGGGAAAUUGGCUUUCGUUUCUGGACCAGGUCAGGGGGUACCCAGUAUCCUAUCCUGCCAUGCGUCCAAGCGACCCCAUACAUACAACCGUUCCUCUGGGCCCUGAUCGGGUGAGUGCCGGAACCGGUGCCGAAACGCCAGGUAGAUUGUUCGCAGAGGGAACCAAAGUGGAAGUACCCUCAUGUAGCCAUUUGCUCCGGGGCAACUCGCGGGUCAGGUCUUCCGUUGCCGCAGCACUUGUCUGUCCACCGUCGAAUGUCAUCGAGGUCUCCAGAGCAAGCAAGCAAGCCCAAAAGCCAGCAGAGAAGGUUCGGGAGAUGCAUUCGAAUCCUCUCCCGCCGCAUCUGGCAGCUAGAGGGUCUCCGAUGCUGAGAAGGAAAAACUGAAGCGCGACACUGCUGCAUCUCGUCCUGUAUCUCCGCAACAAUAGGCUAUCGAUUCAUGACGCACCUUGAAGCCUUGGUCAUGGAGGUUUCGCGCCACGGAAGCGGGAUCAUCAUGUGUAUAUGCAUGU